AUGAUAAGAGUUUCAAAACAAGUUCGUCUAACUUUGAAUUAGUCAUCCUCCAGGUUAUUUUUAUUUUCAUACUUUUUUCAUAUCAAAAGAAUCAAAGUUUAUCGGAAGUUGAUAUAAAAGUAAAGAAAUAUUUCCAGUUCUCUCAAUUUCUCAUUUUCUUCUCACUUUUACUGUAAACAAGUUACGUUAACUUACUUUUCAAAUAUUUUAUUGAUUAUUGAAUAGACGAAAAUGGUCACCAAAAUCCAAAUCGUAUUUUUGCUUGGCGUCGUUUCUUUCGUGCAUUGCAUUGGUUUCAAACAAUCAGUGGCUGUAAAAGGAAAAUUGAUUUGCAACGAUAAACCGGCGACUGAUGUUAGAAUUAAGAUGUACGAUAAAGAUGUUUGUGAGUUUUCUAGAAAUGAGAAAUGAAAUUCCACGUUUCAAGAGUUCACUUCACGUUAAAUAAUUAUUUAAUUUUUUUUUCUUGAAAAAAAAAUCAUUUCUAAAUUUUCCAGUGGUCGAUACAAAACUUGAUGACAAAACAUCUGAUAGUAAUGGUGAAUUCUACUUGAGUGGUGGAGAUAAUGAGGUUGGUUUAAAAAAAUUCCAAAAUUGGAUGAAACUUGCUGGAGUCAUCAAUUCAACCAUUCUGAAAACGAUCCCAAAUUCAGAAAUUGUCAAAACAAUUUUCGAAUUCGGGAUCAUUUUUAAAAUUUCAGAACAUUGUUCACUAAAAAAAAUGCCAUUUUCAGAUCUCAUCAAUCGAUCCCCGUGUCAAUAUUUAUCAUGAUUGUGAUGAUGGUUGGACUCCGUGUCAAAGACGCUUAACAAUUGGAGUUCCAGACAAAUAUAUUUCAAAUGGUGAUAAGCCAAGCAAGGUUUUCGAUUUGGGAACAAUUCAAUUGGCUGGAAAAUGGGUUGGAGAGACAAGAGAUUGUAUUCAUCGUCAUUAA